CACAGAAUACACUAUACAGUAUACAGUAUAUUGCCAAAAGUAUCGGGACACCCCUCCAAAUCAUUGAAUUCAGGUGUUCCAAUCACCUCCAUGGCCACAGGUGUAUAAAAUCAAGCACGUAGGCAUGCAGACUGCUUCUACAAACAUUUGAAAAAGAAUGGGUCGCUCUCAAGAGCUCAGUGAAUUCAAGUGUGGUACCGUGAAAGGUUGCCACCUGUGCAAUAAGUCCAUCCAUGAAAUUUCCUUGCUACCAAAUAUUCCACGGUCAACUGUUAGUGGUAUUAUAACAAAGUGGAAGCAACUGGGAACACAGCAACUCAGCCACGAAGUGGUAGGCCAUGUAAAAUGACAGAGCUUGGUCAGCGCAUGCUGAAGACCUCAGUGCACAGAAGUCGCCAACUGUCUGCAGAGUCAAUAGCUAAAGACCUUCAAACUUGGUGUGGCAUUCAGAUUAGCACAACAACAGUGUGUAGAGAGCUUCAUGGAAUGGGUUUCUAUGGCCAAGCAGCUGCAUCCAAACCUUACAUCACCAAGUGCAAUGCAAAGCAUCGAAUGCAGUGGUGUGAAGCACGUCGCCACUGUACUCUA